GUUCAGAAGGUCUGCGGCCGUGUCAGGCUAGGGAAAGCCUCCGUUCCUUGCCUUGGCCCCACGAUCGUUGGUCUUCCAGCCUCCUUUUUCCAAGGAUCCCUUUCCGUUCUUUUUUAUUCACAUUUUAAUCAGAAUCACUCGUGUUUAUCCGUCUGUCAUUAUCCAGCUAGACAGUUGAUUCACUUUAUUGGUGUGAACAAGACCAAUUGGCCCAUUCGAACCGACCGAGACGCUUGGCAAUUGAUUACAAAAUCUGCCGGUCGCCGAAGAGCUUGCCUUUCCUUAUUUGCGCGCGCGCCCACCCCAAAAACCAACUUUUUGAACCGCUUACUUGGCAAUCGCGAAUUCGCCAAGACCACAUCGCAAGCUUCGAGACAUCGAAUAUUCAUCUUUCCAAAAAGCUAUACUUCACCAUUUAAUAUGGCGGACUUUAACCACUUCGGUGGUUCAGAUGAGGAGAAUGCCGAGAUCAAGAGGUUGAGAGCUGAAGUGGACGCCGACCCAGACAGCUUCGAGAACUGGGAAAAGCUCGUCAGGGCUUGCGAGACGCUCGAUGGUGGCCUCACACGAAACUCUAGCCCUCAAGCACUCGCAACCCUCCGCGACGCAUACGACCGAUUCCUCCUCAAAUUCCCACUCCUCUUCGGAUACUGGAAGAAGUAUGCCGACCUCGAGUUUACAAUUGCCGGCCCGGAAUCGGCCGAGAUGGUGUACGAGAGGGGCUGCUCGAGCAUCACAAACUCGGUCGACCUUUGGACCGAGUAUUGUUCAUUCAAGAUGGAGACAACCCACGUUCCACAGCUGGUCAGAGAUCUCUUCGAGCGCGGUGCCGCCUGUGUCGGGCUAGACUUUAUGGCACAUCCGUUCUGGAACAAGUACCUCGAGUAUGAAGAACGUCAAGAGGCGCAUGAGAACAUCUUCAAAAUCCUGCAACGGGUGAUUCACAUCCCCAUGUAUCAGUAUGCGCGCUACUAUGAGCGCUUCAGCACCAUGGUGCACACCCGGUCGCUUGAUGACGUAGUGUCACCUGAACUCCAGGCUCGCUUCAAGUCCGAGAUCGAGGCCGAAGCGGCUGCUUACGGCGUUACCAAGACCGAGCCCGAGUUUGAGCAGGAGAUGCGCCGCAAGGUGGAUGCUCACUAUGGUGAAAUCUUUACCAAGACGCAGACAGAAGUGACCAAGCGGUGGCUGUACGAGGCCGAAAUCAAGAGGCCUUAUUUCCACGUGACAGAGCUAGAGAACAAGGAGUUGUCCAACUGGCGCAAGUACCUCGACUUUGAGGAGGCCGAAGGUAGCUUUGUCAGGACAACGUUUCUGUACGAGAGGUGUCUGGUAACAUGCGCCUUCUACGAUGAGUUUUGGUUCAGAUAUGCCAGGUGGAUGUCGGCUCAACCUGACAAGACUGAGGAGGUUCGCAACAUAUAUCUGCGUGCUGCAACAAUAUUUGUGCCCAUCAGCCGUCCCGGCAUAAGGCUGCAAUUUGCCUACUUUGAGGAGAGCUGCGGGCGUGUCGCCAUGGCUCGGGAGGUGCACAAUGCAAUCCUCUUGAGGCUUCCGGGCUGCAUCGAAGUCAUUAUAUCUCUUGCAAACCUGGAGCGGAGGCACAAUGACAUCGAUACGGCGAUAGAGGUUCUGAAGCAGCAAAUCGAGUCCCCUGAGGUUGACAUCUGGACAAAGGCAGUCCUGGUGACAGAGUGGGCAAGCUUUUUGUGGACGGUGAAGGGCGCAGCAGAGGAGGCCAGGGCCGUGUUCCAGAAGAAUGCGCAGUGGUAUGGUGGCAGCAGACACUUUUGGAUGCAGUGGAUUCAGUUCGAGCUGGAGCAGCCGACGUCGGCAGAGCUCGAGGCGCAACACAGCGAACGGUUGCGGGAGAUCAUUGACAAGAUCCGCACAGAAAGCAACAUGUCUUCUGCCGCCAAGAAAGAGCUGUGUGGCGUCUACCUAUCGUAUCUGCAACAUAGGGGCGGCAAGGACGCGAUGAAACAUUUCUUGGCCAUAGACCGGGAGAUGUACGGACCAACUUCAAUCUCUUUGGCUGGUAAGGCAGGCAAAGAGAACGGAGCUGCCGCUCCCGAGGUUGAUGAAGCCACGAGGCUAAAGGCCGAGGCGCGCUACUACAGCUUCUACCAGCUUCACGCGGAACCCGGCCACGAGGAACAAGGCACUGCCACGUUCAACUGAAGCGGUCUGGCGCGUCGAGGAUGGAUUUAGCAAAACUUGAUGUGUUUUCUUGGCUGGAUUUAGGCCAACAUUUUUCGUAUACUCGACACUAUACCUGAACAUGAACUGACGCAUGACCUCGCCAUGAGGCUCAACGGUCAAGGGGCUUAUUCGUCUCCUUUUUAUUUUCUUGGGGGUUUUAAUUCACGUGUACCAUAAUGCCAACGACUAGUGGCCAACUAUAUUUGCAAAAAUCGGGGGUUUGGGAAUGUUGGAAUGCUUCUUUUUUUUGGCCCUUGCUCUUUUCUUUUUUGCUGGUGGGGGGUCUUUUGAUUUUUUUGAACGCAUAAUCUGGGACGAGAUGGCAUAUCCGGGGGGUGGUCUUGUGUGACUUGAGUUCUGAAUCAUAAUCUUGCUUGCGCCUAUGUGCUAACGUACUAAGUUUCCUGCCAACGCCUAGGGGCAGUGAACACAAGACGUUAUGUGCACCUCAGCUAUAGAUCAUGCCUUUCCUCUUUAGUGAUUACGCUGCGGAAAAUUGGCUUUUAAAUGAGAUACAAAGUCCUCACACGACUUGGGUUUGAUGGCUACAGCAAACUUGGCAUAUGCUCAUGGCAUACAGUCACAUGCAUCAGGGGUGAGGAGCCAUAAAUAAAC